AUGCCCAAGGACACUGUGGAUGCCAUAGCCAAUACACCUUUUGUUGCUAGGGAAAUGGGGAAGCUGAUAGAAGACACAGAAGGACAGCAGAUGGACCUCCAAACUUCAAUGUACCAGCUGGCCAAAGCAUGCACUGAGAUGCCACUAGGCUCUGAUUUUGCAGUGACCUGGCUAGCAGGGUUGAUUGCACACCUGAAGACCCAUGUACCAAGUGAUGACCUACUGGCAAACUCUCAGGAAGAUUGGCAAUGGUCACCUUGGGCCAAGUUUACUGUCUGCUGGACAGGCUCAGGGUCCAUUAUGUUGAACCUGGACAAUCUCCCUGUGAUCAUCUACUGGAAAACUCUCAGGAAGAUUGGUGGUGGUCACCCUUGGGCCAAGUUUACUGUCCACUGGACAGUCUCAGGGUCCAUAAUGUUAAACUAG